UCAUCGUCAGCAUCAUCAGCAUCCUUCCGCUGGAUGCAGAGGAGCGUCAGGAUGCUACGGGUCGUGUUUGAGGCUUUCUAAUCCCAUCUGCAGCCACAUCCCUGCUUUGUUGUUGUUGUUGUUAUUGUUGUUAGUGUUUAGUCUGCAGCAGAUAUGUUUCCUUCGUGUUACUCCAAACCGGCGGACGGCAGUGGGAAGCGGAGCUCGGUGGCGAAGCUGCUGCUGGGAGUGUUUGUGGUUUAUUCUCUGCACACCGGCUGGCUGCUGUACGGUUUCCUCAACACCAAACCCUGCGACGGAGGCCGAGGAGAGACGUGCAUCAGCUCCUACCUGACCGGAAGCCCCAGACUGCAGAUGAGUGUCUUCACCUGCCUGCUGCCUGAUAACAGCCCGCUGCAGCUCGCUGUCGCCGUCGACCCGUUUGACCCUCAUUCUGCUUUCCAGAGGACCGUCAACGUGUCUCUGCCAGAGGAGACUCGAGCCAACGGGACGCUGUUCGCUGUCGUCUAUGUCCACAAAGCUGGAGUUUCUCCACUGGAGGACAGUCGGGAAGUUCACUACGCUUCUCAGCUCACCUCCUACAUCCUCCCUCAGCAUGCAGAGAAGCUCAGAUCAGAGAAUCCAGUGUCCCAUUGGAGGCCCCACCUGUCAAUCACGAUGAUGUCAGAGGACUUCACCUUCAACAAGGCGGGGCUUCCCAGUGAUGUUCGCCGCUACAUGAGAGUUUCUCAGGACGGCCGACAGAUGAUCUACCUCCCUCUGCUGCUGGUCAACGAGCUCAGCUGCAGAGUCCGAGACCUGAUGGAGAUCAGCAGCAGCUCUGCUCAGCUGCCUCUAACUGUGUCCUAUGAAGGGAUCUCUCUGAGAGGGUUCAGGUUCUGGGUCCAUCUGCAGGACAUGGUUUAUUCCCUGCGGCAGUUCGGCUUCACUGAGGAGAACAUUGAUGAGAUUAAAGAGACUCUGGUUGGAUCCAACCUUUACCUGCUGGUGCUGACGGCGCUCAUCACAGCUCUGCAGCUCAUCUGUGAAUUUCUGGCUUUAAAAAAUGACAUCAGCUCAUGGAGGAAGAAGAAGAGCAUGGUGGGAAUGUCGAAGAAAUCCGUUCUGUGGCGAAGCCUCAGCACGCUGCUCAUCUUCCUCCACCUGCUGGAGGAAACCAGUCUGCUGGUUCUGCUGCCGGUCGGACUGGGAGCCUCUGUGGAGGUGUGGAAGCUGUUCAGAGUCUUUAAAAUCCAGCUGCCGUGUAAAAGCAACAAGCUGCAUGUGAAUAAAAUGGAUGAAGACGAGAGGAGGACGCUGGAGUUCGAUGCUCAGGCCUGCAGAUAUCUGUCCUACCUGGUUUAUCCUCUGUGCAUCAGUGGAGCCGUGUUCUCUCUCGCCUACUUACGCCAGAAGAGUUAUUACUCCUGGUUGAUCAACAGUCUGGUGACGGGAGUUUAUGCUUUUGGCUUCUUGUCGAUGGUCCCUCAGCUCUUCAUCAACCACAAGUUGAGGUCUGUGGGUCACCUACAGGGGACGGUGUUGAUGUACAGGGGAGUUAACACGCUGAUCUCAGAUCUGUGCUGCUUCGCCUCCUUCUUCUCACCUUCUGGAGGUUUUUCUUCCUCCCAUCAGCUCUCCUGCUUCAGAGACGAGCUGCUGUUUCUGUUCUACCUUUACCAGAGACGACGUUUCGCCUCUAAACCCAGAAGAAGAGAAUCAGUUCCUCACAGCAAGAAGGUGAAAACUCAGUGAGCAGAGCUUGAAUGCUGGACACAGAACUGAGCGGCUGGAGCAGCUUCUGGCUCUUUGUUGGACGAUGAGGUCGACUCUUCGUCCGCUGAUCUUCUCUGAUGUCAGCUGAGUUUCAUUUCAACACUUGUGAUCACUUCAUUCUGCUCUUGAUGAACAUGAGGUACAUUAUAAAGCAUACAUAACUCCCAGCAGCUUCAUCAGCAUUAGUCAACAAUCACCUCUAGAUUAGAUUUUAAGAUUCAUGAUCCUGAUGCUUCACAUUCUCCCUUUAAGGUUUACUCUGAGCUGCACAGUCAGAACUUUUUAUUGUGUUGGCACAAUUUAAAUGUAUAUAAAUGCGAUUCAAUAAACUGCAUUUCUAUGAAGCUACAUGGUGCUCAUAAUAAACCUUUUAUUUUACUGCUGCAUCUUUGCUUCCAUUGUCAUCCUGGAUUUCAUCUUGUGCACAGUUUUCCAAAAUGCAGCUUGUUUUUACUGGAAUGUAAAAUAAUGUUUCAACGUUGUUUGUAAUGAUGAAAAUUCUGUUGCACUAAAACCUGCAGAAAGACUCAGAUCUGCAGUGUUAAGCUUUUUAUUCUGAUGUGGAAGAUCUGGAAUGUAAAUAAGUGACUCUUGCUCUGAUGCUGCGUUCAGGCGUCCUGCGGUGAAACUGUUGAGGUGAUCGAGUCACAACCUUGUUUCGAGAAAUCCUUAUUUCAUUUCAGUUUCCCGUCACUUUCAGAGCUGUUUUAAAAGCCUGACUCUGUGCUGUUAAAGAAACAAGAAGUGCUCGUUUGUUUCCUUUGACUUAAUGAACGACAAACAGCAUCAAUGAGCUUUUUAACUAUUUCUGACUGAACUGCCUGGAAUGUAAUUUACUAAGUUUUAAAAAAAAAAUCUAUUUUUCCUUUUCAUUGUUCUGCUGAUGCACCUGCCUGAUGAUGUUUUUAAAAAAAUAAAUAAAUCGAAUAAACAUAAACUAUAGUUGAA